UCCCUCUGUAUGGAUAUCGCGGUAUCGUUACGUUAAAGUUGGAUUUUUUUAUCGCCCCUUACAAGGACAAAAUAAACAAAGAGGAACAUAUGAUUGGCCCAAUGCGCACUCUGUUUCUGCAUACACACUUUGCUUGUGGAUGUGUGAGUUUUGACGUUUCCCCGAACAGGGUGACUCAUCGCGGUGCUGCUGCCGGCAGUUACGACGAUUACAGCGUGCGCGCGCUAUCGCCGUUCGAUUAGAUGAGCCAUUUUUUCUUUUGAAUAAACAAAUCAAGUGUAAAGUAACAGCAACAAAAAAACAGACUUUUCAAAAACACGGUUUCAAAGUUGAUGAAGUGUAUCAUACAGAGUGCUACUUUUUUUUGCAACAGAGCAGCCAGACAGGUGUCUUAACACAUUUGCAAACGAAAUGCUACACACCGCUUGAAGGAAGAUAACGAAAAUCCGAAGUUCCGCAGACGCAUCUCGCUCGUCACGCGUCACUUGCUGACCACUUGCUGCUUCUCUCACACACACACACACUGGAUGGUGUUGGCGAGCGAUUUAGUAUAACCGGGAACCGAGCACGAGCUGCAAUGCUUCCAUCGAACGGAUCCGAACCGGCCGGGCCCGUUGGCCAGAACGAGGCCAAACUGUUGGCGAUCGUAGUGCUCGGGUUCGGCAGCUUCCUGUGCGGCGUGCUGCCGAUCUACAUAUCCCAGCGCAACCGGCAACGCUACCCGGGCACGCUCUCCUUUCUGCUCUGUCUCGGGGCGGGCGUCCUGCUGGCCACGGCCAUCGUGCACAUGCUGCCGGAGAUACGCGAAGCGCUGGGCGAGUACGCGGAGAUUGUGUUUUGCAGUGGCUUUUUCCUCAUGUACGCCAUCGACGAGCUGGUAGAGUUUUGCGGCAUCGCUGGACACGAUCAUGGAGAGGACGGAGAGGGUGAGCAGCGGGCGGAACAGGAGGGGCGUUAUGGGGAUGACUCAGACGCGGCAAGCACUUCGAGCCGCCGGGAGCGGCGGUACGGUGCGAACGAGGAAACGAAAUCGCUUCUCGGCAGCGGCAAUAACUCCGAAGUGACCGCCUCCCGACGAUCGCUGGAAAGUGUGGUGGGGCUGGGCGGCAAUCUAUCCCGCCGCUCGUCGCUGAAUGGACCGCCGCCGGCGGGAAGGGCACAACAAUCGGCACAAAGUGCUGCCGAGCUGCAGCUGACCGGUGUGUUCGGGCUGCUGCUAGCGCUGUGCAUGCACUCGCUGCUCGAAGGGCUAGCGAUCGGGGUGCAGAACUCGGGGCCGAAGGUGUUGCUGCUGCUCGGCGCCGUCAGUGCGCACAAGUUCGUGGUUGGGUUUGCGCUUGGCGUGCAGCUGGUCGCGAACGGUGCGCGGGAGCGCUGCUCCCACGUGCUGCAGGUGCUAACGUUUUCGCUCGGCUCGGUGGCCGGCAUCGGCAUCGGCAUGGGGCUGGAUGGGCUGAACGAAACGCUCACCACGCUCAUCAUGCCCGUGCUGCAGGGAUUGGCGGGCGGCACGCUGCUGUACGUCACCGUUAGUGAGGUGUUGCCGCGCGAACGGGCGAAACGACGGUGGCACACGCGGGCCAUGGGACCGGGCCAGUUUGGGGCCGUUGUGGUGGGCUUUUCGCUCAUGUCGGCGUUAAGCUUGGUGUUGAGCGAUGAGUAGAGUAGGGCGUCCCUGCUCAUCGUCUGCCCGUUAUCGUAUGAUCGUAGUUCCUGGUGGUGGCGGACAAUCUACAAGCUGGGCGAACGAACAAAUGCGCGAUGCUCAGAGUAUAUCUCGGAUCGGUCACCGGCUGUGCCAAAAAUGUUUUAAUACUAGGAUUUUUUUAAUUAAAUUUUACAAUCGAAUAGAGAAGUUCAGGCGAUGUAGUUAGAUAGUAGCUGAUGUACAAAUGGAGGGAAGUGGCAUUAGUAUUACCAGAAAGUGUGUAGUUUUGUGAGUUUUUGCAGGGAGGUAGGUAGCAACUUUGGAUAACUUUUAAUCCCAUAAGCAAUAAAAAAGAACAAAAGCUGCCAUUUUACACUUUGCACACACUGCGUGGAGAGAAAAUGAAGGCGAACCAACACGAGUGGCUCUGGACUGGUUUUUCGGGAAGAUGGCCAUUACUUUUACGACGGGGGCAAUCUGUAUCGCUGCCGGCUGCGAUUUCGAUCCGCCAACGACUACCGUUGACCCACUUUGCCACCGGCUCAGCGUCACAUUUCCGUGGUUUUGUGCGUUGUCAGAAAAUGAAGGUUUUAAAAAAUUCGGCAAAAUUUGCUUUCCCUCUUCCCAACACACUAAAACAGACGGAAACGGGUUAUUCCGUUGUCGUCCUUGUGGAGAUUGGGGGGAGGGGGGCGUCAUCGUCAUGCAAAAAGAAAAAAAACGCGUCCGGGAGGUGAGGUACAUAUCACACAAAGAAGAGAAAUGCAAACAUAUGAUUUAAAUGCUGAAUGAAAAUAAGGUGGAAAAAGCACAUGCAGAUCACCUGAACCGGAGGGAUGAUGAAGAACAAAAGAAACACACACAAAAAAAAAAAAGCAAAAAAGAAAGACGUUCGGGCUGGCGUCGCCAAAGAAGUUCGGAGGUAACCUUCACGGUCGUAUAUGCGAUUUUGCGCACCCGAAGGAAGAGCGCAAUCGGCGAAAGGUGGUGGGUGA